AUGCUGCGGCAGGUGAUACACAGAGGGCUCCAGUCGUUUUUCUACAAGCUGGGCUUAUUCGUGAGCAGGCAUCCGGUGUUUUUCCUCACUGUGCCCGCAGUCCUGACCAUCAUCUUCGGCUUCAGCCUGCUCAACCGCUUCCAGCCUGACACUGACCUGGAGAGCCUGGUAGCCCCCAGCCACAGCCUGGCCAAGAUCGAGAGGAGCUUAGCCAGCAGCCUGUUCUCCCUCGAUCAAUCCAAAAGCCAGCUGUAUUCGGACUUGCACACCCCGGGGAGGUAUGGCAGGGUGAUUCUCCUCUCCAAACCCGGAGGCAAUAUUUUGCAUCAGGCUGAUGUGAUCCUGCAGAUCCACCGAGCCGUGCUGGAAAUGAAGGUGAACUACAAAGGCUAUAAUUAUACUUUUUCCCAUCUGUGUGUGUUGAGAAAUCAGGAUAAGAAAUGCGUGCUGGAUGAUAUUAUUUCAGUACUAGAGGAUCUGAGGCAGGCUGCCCUCUCCAAUAAGACAACAGCCAGGGUGCAAGUGAGCUAUCCCAACACUAAAUUAAAGGAUGGAAGGAGCAGUUUUAUUGGCCACCAGCUUGGAGGGGUCAUGGAAGUGCCCAACAGCAAGGACCAGAGAGUCAAAUCAGCCAGAGCCAUCCAAAUCACUUACUACCUCCAAACGUAUGGCUCUGUCACCCAGGACCUCAUUGGGGAGAAGUGGGAGAGUGAAUUCUGUAAACUGAUGCACAAGAUGCAGCUGGAUCACCAAGAUCUGCAGCUCUACUCGCUGGCGUCCUUCAGCCUCUGGAAGGACUUCCACCAGACCAGUCUCUUGGCCAGGGGCAAGAUUUUGGUGAGCCUGAUGCUGAUCCUCCUGACUGCUACCCUCUCGAGCUCCAUGAAGGACUGCCUGCGUAGCAAACCUUUCCUGGGACUCUUGGGAGUACUCACUAUCUGUAUUUCCAGUGUCACUGCGGCAGGGAUAUUUUUCAUUACUGAUGGAAAAUAUAAUUCUACUCUGUUGGGAAUCCCUUUCUUCGCUAUGGGUCACGGAACCAAAGGAGUAUUUGAACUUCUUUCAGGAUGGCGUCGAACAAGAGAGAAUCUUCCAUUCAAGGACAGAGUAGCAGAUGCCUACUCAGAUGUCAUGGUGUCCUAUACAAUGACAAGCUCCUUGUAUUUCAUAGCCUUUGGCAUGGGCGCAAGCCCUUUCACUAACAUUGAAGCUGUAAAAGUCUUCUGCCAGAACAUGUGUGUCUCCAUCCUGUUGAACUACUUCUAUAUCUUCUCAUUCUUUGGCUCCUGCCUGGUCUUUGCUGGCCAGUUGGAGCAGAAUCGUUAUCACAGUAUCUUCUGCUGUAAAAUCCCUUCAGCAGAAUACCUGGACCGAAAGCCUGUGUGGUUCCAGACCAUGAUGAAUGAUGGUCAUCAACAUUCUUCUCAUCAUGAGACCAACCCAUACCAGCAUCACUUUAUCCAGCAUUUCCUCCGAGAGCAUUACAAUGAGUGGAUUACCAACAUCUACGUCAAGCCUUUUGUGGUGAUACUGUAUCUCAUCUAUGCCUCUUUCUCCUUUAUGGGGUGCUUACAGAUCAAUGAUGGAGCCAACAUUAUUAACCUUCUUGCCAGUGAGUCUCCAAGCGUCUCCUAUGCCCUCAUUCAGCAAAAGUACUUCAGCAAUUACAGCCCGGUGAUAGGAUUCUAUAUUUACGAACCUCUGGAGUACUGGAAUGGCACUGUGCAAGAAGACCUAAAAACACUGAGCCAAGGGUUCAACACAGUGUCCUGGAUCGAGCAGUAUUACCAGUUCCUUCGAGUGGGCAACAUCAGUGCAACUAACAAAAGUGACUUUAUCAGUAUCCUCCAGAGCUCCUUUUUAAAAAAGCCAGAAUUCCAGCACUUCAAAAAUGACAUCAUAUUCUCUAAAGCUGGAGAUGAGAAUAACAUAAUAGCUUCUCGUCUGUACCUGGUGGCCAGGACUAGUGAAAACACACAGAGGGAGGCAGUGGAAUUACUGGAGAAACUGAGACCACUCUCUCUUAUACAAAGCAUCAAGUUCAUAGUGUUCAACCCUACCUUUGUUUUCAUGGACCACUAUGGUUUAUCAGUAACUAUGCCUGUCCUGAUUUCUGGUUUUGGCAUCCUGCUGGUGUUAAUACUGACCUUUUUCCUGGUUAUCCAUCCUCUGGGAAAUUUCUGGUUAAUUCUCAGCGUCACCUCAAUAGAGCUGGGCGUCCUUGGCUUGAUGACCUUAUGGAAUGUAGACAUGGAUUGCAUUUCUAUACUGUGCCUUAUCUACACCUUGAAUUUUGCCAUAGAUCACUGUGCACCCCUGCUUUAUACAUUUGUACUAGCUACUGAGCACACCCGAACUCAAUGUAUAAAGAACUCCCUCCAAGAGCACGGGACAGCCAUUUUGCAGAACGUUUCUUCUUUUCUUAUUGGGUUGGUCCCCCUUCUCUUUGUGCCUUCAAACUUGACCUUCACACUGUUCAAAUGCUUGCUGCUUGCCGGCAGUUGCACACUUCUGCACUGUUUUGUUAUUUUGCCCGUCUUUCUAACCUUUUUCCCACCUUCCAAAAAGCACCACAAAAAAAAGAAACGAGCCAAAAGGAAGGAACGAGAAGAGAUCGAAUGCAUAGAGAUUCAGGAGAAUCCUGAUCACGUGACAGCGGUCUGA